AUUUCAGCAUUUUUCAUGUUGCCUCAGCCUGGCAAAUGACGAUAUCAAAUGUCUGUGAUAUUUGAUGAAUUGCACCUCCUUUCUCUGAUGUGUGCGCUCCUGCAUAGGCGCAGUUGUUUAGACUGUGGUCUAUGGUCGCUACAAGCGCAUUUAUUCCCUGUUUUAAAUAAUAUUAAAUGUCUUUCCAGUUCCAGAGAUGACUGGCUUGCUGUCUCUGCAUGGACAUUUGACUAAAUGUCGGGGAGUAAUCGCAGAAGCCUAAAAAUCAUUUCUGUAGAGAAGAUGGAGUUUUAGCUAAUUUAUUUCUCAUUUCAAGUCAGAGUUUUGUUAUAUCUUAAGCAAACGCGCAAAACGUGGACUGGAUAUUUUUCAUACGAGAGCUUUUAAAAUGAAGCCAGGCUGUGAUUUUUAAGGUAAUUCUGAGGUAUAGUUUACUACAGCAGAAGAUGAAUAACUACUCGUGUACCUUUUGUGUUUUCGGCCUUUUUUCCCCCCCGUAUUAUUUUUAUUCUUAGAGUGGCAUGAUUUGCUUUCGGUUCCUCAGAAGUGCUGGAAGUUUGGACAGCCUGACAGCUCUGCCUCCUUGUAAAUCACUCCCAGUAAUUCCUGAAAGGGUGCGAGCGAGCCUGUCUGGGGGGCCGGCCGAAAACUGUAAAUCUUUCACUUUUAUUACCCCUCCGAACAUAUGCCGGCGACGCUGUACCAGCCCUGCAACCCCUUUUUUUCUUCCCUUGUUCUGCAGCGACGACAACCCGCCGCUAAACCAAGCAGCCAGCCUGCGGCUUUGAAAUCCUCCUCUGCUAAUCCAGUUUGGUUUUUCCAAUGCAUUUGAUGGUUUUUUACUUGGCAUCGAGCAUUCCCUUUAUUUGGUGAUUAAUGCAGAAGACAACACAGGAGAAGGCAAGCAUGCUCUUGUGACUCUUUGUGCUGCAACCACGGUGCUAAGGCAGACGAACACAUAUAUGCACACACACACACACCACAGACACACGCACCCCCUCACACACACGCAAAUAACAAACGCGGGAUGAUAAUUUGCUUUAUUUGAAUACAAUCCACGACCAGCUGCAAGAGAAGCUCACAUGUCAUUUAUUUCAUAAAUCAUUAAAAACUCGCACAUGUCAAACCAGUGUUCUCCAGAAACGCCACUCUCCAUUAUUUGGUGAGGCAUAAAAUGCGUCCUUCCUUCGUUUUAUUACUAAAUCCCUCCAAAUAUGUAGAGGUCCUGGAUUUCUUUCAAAACAUUAGCACCAUUGCAACGUGAAAUUGACUUGACAUUGUACACGAAUGCAUUGCAAAAAUGCUGAAACAACAACAACAACAACAACAAAAAAACAAUACUGAUGGACUAAAAUGGACACAGGACGACAGAAACCAUUCCGAAGUUGUAAAACUGUGUUGCAGUCCUUUAUAUUCAAAGAAGAAGUAGGGCCAUUUUACCAAUCACACACCUCAGACGAGCACAUAAACGCCACCCUUUAUCAAAAUGGACCGGUGAGGUAAGGGCUCCCCGUUUGAAGACGAGAACAAAUCACGUGAACAUAUAUGCUUGUAUCUAAAAGGCAGUGCCAUUUUAUUUGUCAUCAUAAAAGCUUCAGAAACAAGCCCCCCAAAAUAUCCCCAAUCUACACAGGCCUAUCCUCGAUAUCUCACUGGUUGAUUGAUUGCCAGUGGAUUUUUUUUUCUCCUUUCCCCCUCUUCCUUGGAAUAAGGAUACCUUGUUCGCUUUUUUUAUUGGUAGCUGAACGCGAGUCCUUCCAUUCUUUCGGGAAUACUGUCUCCAACCGGUGUAUGGAAAUGUCUGAAAAACAGCAAGAUCAGGUUUAGGACAGCAUCGUCUGCAGACAGGGAGGAAAAAAAAAAGAGGAGUGAAGGAUUUAUUCUAGAAGCUGCACGGAGAGGAAGUCAGAGCUGAGAGGCAGCCGCUUUAUGAUGAAUUGAUUCGCAGGUCGCGAUGGAGGCGGUGAUGAAUGUGUGAGCGACAUAAAAGAGAUCCGCGCAGAUUUCGCUCACAGACUGGAGCAACUGUGGGAAACACCAAUCACGUGAAUAAUCAACACCCAUUUUGUGGCUUUGAAUCCACAAAAUGCAGAAGGCAACCUACUAUGACAACUCUGGACUGUUUGGAGGUUACACCUACCCCAAACCAGACUCCUACAGCUAUGGCCCUGCUCACCAGUCCUACCCGGCUCCUAACAUUGACACUGAUUACCAAGGCUCUGUGUGUCCUAUUCAAACCUCUGCUGUCAGGCCACCUCCAGCCCUUAAAGACAGUGACCUGAACGGGGACUGCAUGCGGCAAAGCAGCAGUCAGAGCAACAACAACAACAACAACAGCAGCAGCAGCAGCAGCAGUGGCAGCAGCCAAGCGAACAGUAUUUCUGAGCAGCAGGUACCCCCACUGUCUGCAGCCUCCCCGAGCUCCAACAGCUCCACAUCCCAGAAGAAGAAGUCUCCAAACAACAGCGCGUCGGGCCCAGCCACCCCGGCCCUCACCAAGCAGAUCUUCCCCUGGAUGAAGGAGACUAGGCAGAACUCAAAGCAGAAGAGCAACAACAACUGCGCUGCUGCAGGUAGAGAUCCUGAUGGUGGGGAGGUGAGUGAUGAGAAAAGCCCGCCCGGACCAGCCUCCAAGCGGGUCAGAACUGCUUACACCAGCGCGCAGCUUGUGGAGCUGGAAAAGGAGUUUCACUUUAACCGCUACCUUUGUCGUCCACGGAGGGUGGAGAUGGCCAAUCUGUUGAAUCUCACCGAGCGUCAGAUAAAGAUUUGGUUUCAGAACAGGAGGAUGAAAUAUAAAAAGGACCAGAAGUCAAAGGGGCUGGCGCACUCCCCCAUGGGACACUCCCCGGACAGAAGCCCGCCGCUGAGCGGGCCCAAUCACACCGGAUACGCGGGCCAGCUCCAAAACGUGAACAGCCUGAGCUACGACGCGCCCUCGCCGCCGCCCUUCGCCAAGCCCCAACAGAACAUGUACGGCCUGGCCGCGUACACGGCGCCGCUGGGCGGCUGUAUCCCUCAGCAGAAGCGCUACCCGGGCUCCGAAUACGAACACCACAGCAUGCAGAGCAACGGAGGCUUCGCCAACGCCAAUUUGCAAGGCAGCCCCGUGUACGUGGGUGGGAACUUUGUUGAUUCCAUGCCAGCCUCGGGCCCCAUGUUCAACCUCGGCCAUCUCCCCCACCCAUCAUCCACCAGCGUGGACUACAGCUGUGCCGCUCAAAUCCCAGGAAACCACCACCACGGACCGUGUGACCCCCACCCCACGUACACAGACCUCACCUCUCACCAAGUUUCUCAGGGAAGGAUUCAGGAAGCGCCUAAGCUGACGCAUUUGUAAUAUUAUGACGUUUCUUGUGCGUGCGUGUGUAAGUGUGCGUGUGCGUGCGUGCGUGCCAAAUUACGUUGCGCUCUUUUUUAUUACCUCACUAGACUAUUAACUAUGCUCCGAGUGAGCCGUGUGUACUAUGACAGUAUUAUUGAUAUUAUUAUUAAUGCUAUUGUGUAAUUAUUUUCUAAAUAAUACAGCUUUGUCCAUUUCUCUUAAAAUUUGGAGAAGCUCUAGCCUGAUUGUUAAUAGUUAUUUUGUUGUUUUCUUUCCCUUUUUGUUUAUUCUCAAGUGCAAUGCGCAAUGUUUGACUGAAUAUUUCAUGCCGUUACUUGAAGGUAAGUCUUGUAGAUCACAAAAAAGUAGAAGCUCAUCCUUAGAUGGAAAGAUUUUUAGGGGGAAAAAAAGAAGAAAAAAAUUGUCUGCUUGUUAAAGGGUCUCAUUUUUCCUCACCCUAUUUAUUUAUUGCGUCAUUAAUUUUGCAUAAUCCCCGGCACUAUAGCAUACAGCCUAUUUAAUUAUUUAAUUGCUUUUGUAUUGCACAUUAUUUAUCGUUUAUUAUGCGAGUAUUUAUAAGUGUGGAUUUCCGUUGCCAGAUCGGACAGAGCGGUGCACUUGUUGGGCAAAACAGGGUUUGUGUAUUUUUUUUGCAGAAAUGCUACCAAGUAUUGAUGGCGGAAGGAGCAUUUCUAAUUGUAUAAAUCUGAGACAAAUGGGGGCAUUUCAUAGCGAGUAAACAUGUCCACGGUUAAUCUCGUGUCAAAACCUUAAGCGAAACGUAGACUAUCGAAAAAUCAAAUAUUACGCACACCAGCAUGUCAUUUUGUGUAGUCCUUUGCGUUUCAUUUUUUGUUGUUAGAAUUAUUUGUCUUCCAUUGUUAUUCCGUUCAGUUGGACACCCAUAAAUUUAUGAAACCCCGAUGAUAUUGAAAUGUUCUAUUUUAUUGUGUUUAACAUUUUGUAAAUAAAGUGCUUAAACUUGUA